AUGGGCGCUCUAACUCCAUCUGCAACUCAAAUUCCAGAUCGCAACAAAAUAGUCGUCAAAGCAGAGGCCAGGCGUGGCCUGGACGUCGCAGCCGACUGUGCAAGGGCAGACGCGGCGUACGUGGAGUUGGAGUGCCAUUCAGAGGCCAAAUGCGGUUCAGAAAGCAAGGAUAAGCCCAAACACAACCGGUCACGGGCGGGCUGUUACACUUGUCGAUUGCGACGCAAGAAAUGCGACGAGGCCAAGCCCAAGUGUGGGCCGUGCUCGAAACAUAUGCUCAAAUGCAUCUGGCCACGCAAGGGCCAGGGCCCAUUGACCAAAGAGAUGCGUGAGAAAAUGAAGAAGAAAAUCGACUUUUACGAUGACGGCUCAAGUGAGGGCGUGCGCCCGGAAAACAAGUCGCAGUAUUUCGUCAAUUACACUCUUGGCGUCCAGAAUCGUGGGCUGGUAUUGCUAAGCAGCGACGUGCAGGGCCUCGGGUCGGGGCUCGAGACUUUCAGCGACGAACAGGGCGAGGACGACGAGCUUGACGACUACGACUUGGACCGCCGCGACUCGACCGCCACAGAACACCGCAUAAAGGCCAUUCCAGCAGACGCACAAAAUUUUUGGCAGAGCGAUGCGGCGUUGUUGGACCAAACGCAAGAAUCGGGGUCCAGCAAUGAUGAAAAACAACAGCAACAUCAACAAGAACAACAACUGGUUCUCAGCAUAGAAAACGAUCCGAGCGAGGAGUGGAUCUCGCAUUUGAAAAGUCCACUAGCGAUUCCGGGAACACCGACACUCCAGGCGUUUUGGGAAAAGCUGCUGAACACGGAUGCUCGAGAUUCGAUUUUUUCGCCUGGCUUUUUGGGCCUUUCACCAACGACUGCGCUACAAUCGGUAGAUGAAAUUGCUGCCACGACUACGCGGUCUGCUCUCGCUUUGGCCAAUAAUGACGAUGAUUACAAUAUGUACGGGUUGGACGAGGAACUGUCAGAGAAAUUCUACGACAAGCUGAUGCAGAAGUUUGUGAGUUGGACCACUUCGAACCACGAGAUCAAAAGAACGUCGGUGGCCAAGCUAAUGUCGCAGUACCAAUUCACGCAACAGGAGCUGUUGCUGUACUAUACGUGCAUUUACUAUUUUCUGCCUGCAGUGGGCCCACAACACACAUUACCGCAGCUGACCACGACCGAGACGUUUGUGCCUCUGUUGGCGCAACACGCGAUUGUCAAAGACGUAUUCUUGUGCUGUGGAGCUACCUUUCUGGCUUGGUGCCAGCCGCAGAAAUACUCGGAUAUUGCCGAGCAAUUGUACCAAACGUGCAAGUCGCUUUUGCAGGACGAAUUGAGCUCUACUCGAAUCCGAGGCGAUGAAACGUGGGUUUUCGCAUGCUUCCAAUUGUUGUGCUUGACAAACAAGCUGCACAAUGGCCAAGGCGAGUCGAUGGUGGACCGGUGCGUGGACAAUCUGGUGCAUUCGUUCAACAUCAUCAAACGCAAGUACCACGACAUCGAGAAACACGGUUCGACGCCUACGGACCGGAUGCUGAUCGAGAGUUUCAUGUACAAUUAUACGGUGUCGUUGUUGGUGGCCAAGGACCUGUCGAAACUGCCGAAUCCGUUUGGGAAAGUGUUUUACAAGCUGACGGUGCUUUUGAAGUCGCCGAUCUUCAACGACUGCGACGUGGAGUGGAUGAACAACCCGGUUUUGGGACCGUCUGUGGAUGCGUUUUGCAUGCUAGCCAAAGUGUCGUUUUUGAGCCGCAUGCAGCUCCCACUACAGGACACGGAAUGGCAGACCACGGCACAGACGCUGCUACAGGAGUGUCUCUACUAUACGCCGCCCACGCUGCCCGAACAGGUGCGCAACGACGCUUGCAAAUACGAGAUCUAUCGGCCGGGACUGCUGUGUGGGUCGAUCAUCAGCAAGGCGUGCUACUUACUACUAAACAAGAUCCUGCGGUUCGAGGAAUUUGACGUGCGCGACCCGCAAAUACAGGGCGUGGUCAAGUACACGAUCCAGAGCAUGAAGGACAUCGAGAAGGGCAACCCACUGCUGUGCAUCUUGCUGUGGUCGUUGUUAGUGAUCGGAGCGUUCACGGUGGACGCAGAGGACCGCUUGGUGAUCAAAGAGUAUUUGAAGAGCACGUCGGAGACCAUUCACUCGUAUGGGGCGUUGAAGAUCAAUUUGCUGUUGCAAUUGGUGUGGGAUCGCGACGACAUCAACCUGUUGUUUGUGCGCGAGAACAUCAGUCAGGUGAUCAUUUGA